CUCGGUGAAAUACUGGCUCCAGGUUAGGUUGCUCCGGAGUCCCAGACUCGGUGGUCGAUUGCUGUUGUUCGUGUUGGUCACGAUUUAAGAAUAAUUAUACGGCAAACGCAAGUAUAUUUGACCGCGGUACUAAAGACAUUAAGCUAGUCAAAAUGGUUUUAAGUCCGACCACAAAACAGAGAAUAGCCAUCGUCCUGAACGUGAGCAAAUUCGUAUUUCAAUGGGGAUUUAUUCCUUCUAUCCUCUUUUUAGGCUUCAGCAAGGGCGCAGACCCAGGCAUGCCUGAAUUAAGCCUUAUGAACUUAUUAUGGCAGUAAUUCCUACUUCCCUAACCCCAUCAGACACGUUCGUUCUGAAAGAAAUCAUGGGUAUCAUUGACGUUACAUGAAUACGUUUAUUUGAGGUUAUAACGCAAUGUUUUCAAUUAUCAAAGUAAUGGAUCGCAUCUUACUAAAUAAAUGUUACAUUAUUGUUGAUUAAAACCGAACAGUUACCAA